AUGGAUCCAGAUGCCGGCAUUCCCAUUGAACCUGAACCCUCCGUCUUCAGCUAUGUGCUCUCCUUCCUCCUCGUUGGCGUCGCAUGGGGCUUCACAACCCCCUUUAUCCGCCGCGCAGCAGCAGACUUCAACGCCCGACAAGAGAAGCAAGCAAACGAAUUGAAUUCCUCGGGGCGCGGAAGAGGAUGCUCACAAGAUUCACCAGAAACCGGAUUCACGGAUGAAGGGGAGGAACAGGAAUUGCUCUCUCGGGAGGAAGACCGUGACUCCGGCGACGAGGAAGGUGUGCGGAGGCGGAGUACGAGUAGCAGUGAUGUGAACCGAAAGCCGAAGACUGCUGGUGCAGAUACGGAGCUGGAUGGUGGAAUUGCUGGACAGAGUGGCAGUCGGAAUACUACGGAAGACAGGGAAGGCGGCGCAGAUGAGGACCAGGAUGAUCUACCCACGGCGGCGUGGAGGCAUGGAGCCCCUGUGAAGCAGUCGUGGCUGCGGGCGAAGGUUGUUACUAUUUUCUGGACGGUUGUGAACCUGCUUCGCACGCCUGCGUAUGCGAUUCCCUUGGUUAUCAAUCUCACGGGCAGUAUUUGGUUCUUUUUGCUUGUUGGAAAACAUGAACUUUCCUUGACUGUGCCGCUUGCAAACUCGAGUGCGUUCUUAUUUACUGUUCUUGGGGAGUGGUAUGUCGAGCGCAAGGUCAUUGCAAAGGAGACAUGGUUGGGCAUGGGGCUGGUACUUGGAGGGAUUGCAUUAUGUGUGCAUUCUAAGAACCAGGCUUCUUGA